AUGUUGGAGCAAAUAAAGGCUAAAUCAACGCACGCGGCGACAUUAGCGCGAGAUACAGCGGGAUCAUUCAAAGACGCGGCACAAAAAGCGACGCAGAAAAGCUCAGCGGUAUUGCAGGCGAAAGCUGUUGCACAUAACAUCAAAAUACCGACUGUAGUCAAGUCGUCAAACUCAUCCACUUCGCUCGCUGACACGGUCAAUGAGAGUGAUGUGGAGGAAGGCAAAUCGCCUAUUAAUAUCAGUCAGGAGAAAGAGGGACUACUUAAUGAAUUGGGGCAGGAAAUAUGUGGUCUUACUAAACGUCAGCGACUCUAUGGAGCUAUUGGCUGCUACUUGUUCGGUGCACUCUGUGGUUUCUUGUCUACAUUGAUGAUGUGGGGAGGCCCAAAACACCUCAAGCAGUUUGCUUUCUUUUACACACUCGGAGCUCUGUGCAGUAUUAGUAGCUCGCUCUUCUUGAUCGGCCCUAUGCGACAGCUCAAGAUUAUGUGCAUGCCUGUUCGACGUAUAGCCUGUUGCGUCUGGCUGGGUACCAUGUGCACGACACUUAUUAUUGCCUUUGGUUUUCCAAAGGCAGGGCCACUAGUGAUGUUGCUGGUGAUUAUACAGUACGUUGCAAUGCUCUGGUAUGGCGCUUCGUUCAUUCCUUACGGCCGGGCCGUCCUCCGGAAGGGUUGCUCCAAAGCAGCGAGCUACGUCAGUAGCUAA